AACCUGGCCUCUGCACGAGCACCAACACCCCUCCGGACAGAAUGAGUGCGCCGACGGACAUGAUUGCCAUUCGAGUGGCCCUUAUGGUCCUCUUUUACACGACUGUCCACAACUGUAUCUCGGCCCUGGUGCCCUGGAUUGUCCCCCACGGCGUCCUCAAGGAGCUCUGCCGACGGGACCGCAUCAUGAUCCCUGAAAAGUUUUGCUCCACACUGCACGCCGUCAUCACAGGGACGCUUGCGGCAUACGUUAUCUUUGUCCAGAGGGAGUUCCAUCAGCAGGACCAGCUCUACCAUUACCCAAAGCUUCUCGAUUGGGCCUUGCCACACCUGGCCGGAUACUCUGUCUACGAUAUGGGCACCAUGUACCUUCAAGGAGGAUGGGGUCCCGAAGUCUGGCUCCAUCAUGCCAUGACAACAUAUACACCUGUCGCGAUGAUGCUCUACCGCACUGGUGCAAUCGGCGUGGUCUAUCUGAUGCUUGUCGAGUUCACGGCGCCGUUCCAGAACGGUGUCUGGUUCUACCAAAAGAUCGUCCGACCUGCCCUCCAUCCACAUAUUCCCAGGACCAGCUGGCGAAGCCACCAUGACCCCGUUUAUUCGAUGCUUCUCUUUUUGCGGGCCAUAAGCUUUGUCGUUUUCCGUGCCUGGGUAUCGCUUCAUUUGUGGAGGACUCUACCUUUCCUGCGGUCGCAUCUAACCAACCCCAAACGCUGGUUUGGAGUUGCAGACCAGCCUGAGCCCUUCCUGAUGCCCGGCUAUCUCUUGCAGUAUUGGGCUCUGGUGAUGUUGAGCGGGGUGUGGAUGGUGCUUACGUUUGCGGCUUGGGUACGAGAGUACCGGAAGCCUAUUGGCAAGCUCCACUAAUCAACUUCCACGAUGAAGAUAUCCCGGGGAAUCGACACAGUCAUCCCGGGGGGGGGGCGACGACAACCUUCGCGCCACAGCGAUGAUUCGGCGUGAAGUGGGGAGACCGGCCAUUUCAGUACUGCUGUCUUGGAUUCGGCGACAUGAUGAAUGAUCAAAAAUAUAGAGGAGUUCUUGUA